AUGAAGAAAGACAAUCGAUACUUUGGCCUACGGGGAGGAUGGCUCACAUUCUGGAUAACCGUCGCCUGCGGCACUGACAUGACUUUGUUCGGCUACGACCAAGGCGUUUUCGGGGGAGUGAUUGUGACAGGCGAUUUCCUAACGACUCUCGGAAUCAAGAAUGAUGCGGGAACCAAAGGGACAGUCACAGCCAUAUACGAUAUUGGGUGUUUCUUCGGAGCGAUCUCAGCAUUCUUCAUCGGUGACAUGCUCGGGAGGAAGAAGACUAUCUUGCUAGGAACUACCAUCAUGUCGAUUGGCGCUCUCCUACAAAUCACCGGAUACUCCGUCGCUCAGAUGAUCGUUGGACGUAUCGUUGCCGGCGUGGGGAACGGGCUCAACACUGCAACAGCACCUCCGUGGCAAGCCGAGACAUCCAAGGCUGCGUGGCGCGGCAAGCUGAUUGUUAUCGAGCUGAUCUUGAACAUCGCUGGCUUCUCGCUGUCCACCUGGGUCACCUACGGCUUUUCGUACGUGCCAGGCGGCGUUGCAUGGAGGGUGCCGCUGGCGCUGCAGUUCAUUUUCAUUGUGAUCCUCUUCGCUACUGUACCGUGGCUCCCGGAGUCUCCUCGCUGGCUGGUGUCGAAAGGCAGGUUUGAAGAGGCCGAACAAAUCCUCGCAGAUGUCGAGGGCUCCGAGAUCGAGGAUCCGUAUGUACAAACGGAGUUUUCCGAGAUCAAGUUCGCCGCGCAGUACGAGAAAGAGCAUGCUGUACGCAUCAGAGACCUGGUUCGCGGCAAGGUGCCAGCGAACGAUCCUUGCACACUACGCAGGGUUCUGUUGGGCAUGGGCGCUCAAGCAAUGCAACAACUGUCUGGUAUCAAUGUCACCAGCUACUACUUACCAACCGUUCUUAUCGAAUCGGUCGGCCUUAAAAACAAGCAAGCUCGUCUGCUCGCAGCUUGCAACAGCAUCUCCUACCUAGUCUUUGCGACGAUCGGCAUACCCAACGUCGAACGCUGGGGCCGUCGAAAGAUGAUAAUGUAUGCAGCCACCGGACAGUGCUUCUGCUACCUCAUGAUUACGGUGUUACUGCGGUACGCCGAUAAACCUGGAUACAGCGGACAGGAUGAAGUUGCGAGCGCUAGUGUAGCAUUCUUCUUUUUGUACUAUGUUUUCUUUGGGAUUGGGUUCCAGGGUGUGCCUUGGUUAUACCCAACUGAGGUCAAUGGCCUCGCCAUGCGAAGCAAAGGUGCCUCUCUCGGUACAGCUACCAACUGGAUAUUCAACUUCAUGGUCGUGGAAAUCACCCCCAUCGGCAUCGACACGCUUGGCUGGAAGUUCUAUAUUAUAUGGACGGUGCUGAACGGCUCCUUCGUGCCAUUCACCUACUUCCUUUACCCUGAAACCGCAGGACGAACUUUGGAAGACAUCGACUCCUACUUCCGCGACCAACCCAGCGUGUUGGUCUUCCGCGAUAAGCGCGCAACCAUCUCCAAGCGCCCAGCCGAGUUCAUCGAAAGGGAAGAGCAGGAAGUGCGCCGGAAGAGCUCGGUCAACGAGCGCGCGAUGAGUCUCGCACAGCAACAUAGAAGGUACAGUCUGAUGAGCGAAGAGAAUCAGGGACCGUUGGUUGAUGAGAUGGAGAAGAAGAGUAUCAGUGAGGGUGGUGGAGAGCACAAGGAGGUUUGA